UGAAACAGCAGGGAAGGGGAGAAGAAGAUUAACCCUUACGCUAAUUUCAAAAUCCCGUAUCUCCUCCAUCCGAACUCCGAUCGCCGCAUUGCUUGCGGCCACGCGACCACCGCGUCGAGCUCUACGUUUCUACCGGAACAAUUUCAUAGGAUCCAAUUAGCUUGAGAAAAACGUUCACUCUUACUUAUACGAAGCUUGGGUAAGGUGAGGAUACCAUAAAUCCUAUUUAAUUUACUGAAUUUAUGCUUUGGGUAUUAAAGUGGGUAUAUAUGUAUUAUGAAUAUGUAUUAGAUUGUGAAUAAAUAAUUGGAGCUUGAAAUUGUGAAUAUCAGAACUUGGAGGAAGUUGUUUUAUUGGACUUUUGGGGGCUGUAUUUAUUUUAGUAAGUUGCCUUGGACAAUACGCGAAAAAUCGGCCAAGGCAAGCAAGAAGAUAGCAGAUGCUAAACUCACGAAAGAUUUUCAGGCAAUGUUGAAAGAAUUUCAGAAGGCACAGUGUCCUGCAGCAGAGAGGGAAACUGCUUACACCCCAUUUGUUCCACAAGCUGCUCCAUCUAGCUAUACAGCUAAUGAAGCAGAUGCUAAUUCUGGUAAGACUCCAGAACAGCGUGCCCUUCUUGUGGAAUCCAGAAGGCAGGAGGUCUUGUUUUUAUACAAUGAGAUUGCCUUCAAUGAGGCUAUCAUUGAAGAAAGAGAGCAUGGCAUUCAAGCAAUUCAGCAGCAAAUUGGUGAAGUAAAUGAAAUUUUUAAAGACCUUGAUGUGCUUGUGCAUGAACAAGGAACUAUGAAUGGUUUAGUUGUUAUUUCUCAUCCUAUGGUUUAGUUGUUAUUUAGUUGCUAAGUGUGUUUGUUGGUUUGUUUGGUUUUAAGAUUGUAUUUGUUAGACAUUUUUAAGUGUGUUUGUUUUAUGUUUAUUUGUGUGUUUGUUUUAUGUUUAGUUAUUAGAAUGGAUUGAAAAUGUAUUGAAUUUGGAU